CCCGGUGCUCCUGUGCCGCGUUCGGCAUUAACGGAGCCCCGGCCCAGCCUAACCCAACCCAACCCGGCCAUGGCGCACUCGGCGCCGCUCGGCCUCCUGGAGCAGGGCUGCCCCAUCCAGGUGGAGCACGAUCGCAAGCGGCGGCAGUUCACCGUGCGGCUCAACGGUUGCCACGACAAGGCAGUGCUGCUCUAUGAAUACGUGGGGAAGCGGAUCGUGGACUUGCAGCACACGGAAGUCCCAGAUGCCUAUCGAGGGAGAGGAAUAGCCAAGCACCUCGCCAAGGCAGCCCUGGACUUCGUGGUGGAGGAGGACCUGAAAGCUCACCUGACGUGCUGGUACAUUCAGAAGUACGUCAAGGAGAACCCCCUGCCGCAGUACCUGGAACACUUGCAGCCUUAAGGCAGGACUGCUCCGACACCAGCGCUGUCCCUGACUGUUCAACGCGGCCUUCGCUUCUCUGCCGUCUCAGGAAAACCCCUUCCCACACUCACAAUUCCCUCUCUUUUUUAAGUGCAUCCAUGUGGUGCAUGAGUGUGGGCACAACCUCCUCCUCUCUGCCCACGUGCGAGCGUGGCUGCUGGCUCCAGGCACACGCGGUGCCUCUCGGUGCUCUUGCCGAGCCAGGUGAUGGAAGAGGAUGAUUCUUCCACCAAACUCCAUCACAAGAGCAGGGGAUGAGCCGAUCUGCCCCUCAUCCUGUCCCCUUUGCCUGGUGACAGCUAUGAACUUGCUGAGGGAUGCUGGUUGGGGUGGUUGUGGGGUACCAGCUCCCCUUUCUUCCCAGCAGGUGGGGGAGAUGCUAUGGAUGAGGCCUUGUGGGACAGAGGGAGGUGGCAGGUUCAUCCCCUGCAGCAUCUGUUGAACACUGAGCAUUGCCCAAGCCCAUGUGGAGUACAGAUGAGAACGUGUGGGCCGUGAUGGCACCA